UCUGCUGACACGAUUCAGACGGUUGGUGUGCGGGUGGUUUUGUGGCCGGUGAUAAUCAGCCUACACACUGUGCGUAAUAAUCAACCGAUCGGCUGCGAGCUGUGAUUCCAUGCGCAGGAGCUCGGCCGCGGUGGGAGGACGCGCAGUGUCCGCCCCCCUCUCUCUCUCUCUCUCUCUCUCCCUCUCUCUCUCUCUCUCUCCCUCUCUCCCUCCCUCUCCCUCUCUCUCCCUGCGACGCAAAGAGUUAACGGAGCGGGUGGGUUUGCCCAUUCUCCUGCUGCGCGAGUGACGCGAUCGUCUCUCCCUUAUCCCUCAACUUUGCCUGUUUGCCAGACCAGGCAGCCCGAGGUGGACGCAGGCUGCCGAUCACCGCUGACACUCAACACAACGCGAACCACACACACACACACACACACACACACACACACUCACACACACACACACGCACACACAGAGAUAGAGAGAGAAAAAGAGAAACCAUCGUGACCCCACCUCGUUCACAUUAUUCCCCCCCUGCUGACUUUUUCGCCGCAGGCUGCUUGUUCCGCGACGAUGCCUUCGAGUUCUCCCUCGCCGUCGGACUCGCCGGUGUUGUGCAGUCCACUACGCGAAGGCGUGAAUCUUUUUUGAGUAAGAGGUGGAUCUUCCCGGAUACAGCGAAGGUGGGGUGUAUCGAAUCCCCCGAAUAAGAAGAAGAAGAAGAAGAAGAAGAAGAAGAGUUUCACGGAAAUCCUCUCGCAGAUCACGAAAAGAAAAACCUAAAGAGAAAAUGCCACGGAGGAAACAAGAGGCGCCCAAGCGCGCGGCAGCCUAUUCUCCUGAGGAACUGACAGAGCAAACUGUAGAGGAUGUGGAGGCAGAAGCAGACGACCUGCCCUCAGCCCCUCAGGAUGACCCUCCCAUGAAAGAUGAGUUUGUGGAGCAAAGCGUGGGGACUGCCAAAGAGCAGGCAUCUGACCAGCAAUCAACUGGGAUUGCAGAGCUCUCGGGACAAGAGAUGGACAGUGAAUCACAUAUCAGUGAGACCAGUGACCGGCUCUCAGACUUUGAGAGCCCCUCCAGAAAAGCCGAGGGCAUCUUGGUCACAGCACCUCUGAAUGGUGACACUAAGACACCUCCAAUAGGCAUGGACACCUUAGAACAAAUGAAGGCCAUCUACUCCAGCUUCCUGACCAGCCCCUUGUGGUCACCGGCGCUGAACUUUAAUUCCACACAGCCACAGGCACAGCCACAGGCACAGCCACAGGCGCAGCCGUCGGCUUCUACAGAGAAGCCAACUCGCAGCAAUAGCACUAGUAGCAGCAGCAGUUGCAGCAGUGGUAGUUAUGACUGGCACCAGUCUGCAGUGGCAAAGACACUACAACAGCAUCCUCCCCAGAGCCGUCACCCUGCUCCAUUUGAGCCCAGCCUCUUUAGUACAGUCCAGCUCCACAGGCAAAACCCAAAGCUUUUUGGCUCAAUCUUCACUGGGGCCAGUAAAUUUCGCUGUAAGGGCUGUAGUGCUGCCUAUGACACCCUGGUGGAGCUAACAGUUCACAUGAAUGACACAGGCCACUACCGGGAUGACAACCAUGACAGGGCAGGCAGUGGUGCAAAGCGCUGGUCUAAACCACGUAAGCGGUCCCUGUUGGAGAUGGAGGGAAAGGAGGAUGCCCAGAAAGUUUUGAAGUGCAUGUAUUGUGGCCACUCCUUCGAAUCCCUCCAGGACCUCAGUGUCCACAUGAUCAAGACCAAACACUACCAGAAAGUGCCUCUGAAGGAGCCUAUGGCCCCCGUGGCAGCCAAAAUCAUGUCCUCUAAGAAACGAGGACUUGUGGGGCUGGACCUUACUGCCUCACCACGUUCUCGAGAAGGAACCCCCAAAGUUAAGCACCCGCAGGCCGACCUGAGUGAACCCUCACACAAACAUUCCUCCAGCCUCUACACCACCCCUAAUAGCCGCUAUGGCCACCAGAAUGGUGCUAGCUAUGCUUGGCAGUUUGAAUCCAACAAGUUCCAAAUCCUUAAGUGUAUGGAAUGUGGGAGUUCUUAUAAUACACUGCAAGAGCUGAGAACCCACAUGAUGGUGACAGGACACUUUCUGAGGAUGACCAGCUCUUUGGGAAAGAGAAUCAAAACACUUCCAGAGGCCACCUCCCCCAACCCUGGGAAGGUUGCCACACCUACUGAACAGAUGGUCCAGUCUGUCCCACUGGCACCCUCAACCUUCUCUCCUCCACCUCAACCCCAAACAACCACAACUCCCCCUGCCAUCUCCCCUCCUCUCAAAGAGAUCAAGAAGGAGGAGGUUGAGGAGGAGUGCACGCAGCAAGAUGCUGUUGGAAAUGAGAAGCUAGUUGCAGUUCCCAUUGGGAAGGAAGAAGAUGCUGAGAAGGAGGAAAAAUAUGACAUUUCAAAGUAUAGCUAUCUUACUGAAGAGGACCUGAAGGAGAGCCCUAAAGGGGGCUUGGAUAUUCUCAAAUCACUGGAAAACACUGUGACAUCAGCCAUCAACAAGGCCCAGAGUGGGAAUCCAAGCUGGGGCGGCUACCCUAGCAUCCAUGCAGCCUACCAGUUCCCUGGUGCCCUCAAGCUCCAACAGGGCUGCAUGGAAAAGAAUUCACCGCUUAAGUUCUUGUUCAACGGCGGGGAUGGAGCAUUUUCCAAGAACCAACCUCUUAUAUCCCCACCACUAAGUCAGUCUUCCCCCUUUCCCAGCAACAACUUCCAGGCAAUGGAGGAAUUAGUGAAAAAAGUGACUGAGAAAGUAGCAAAAGUAGAGCAAAGGGUGAAGCAGUUGUCCCCAAAGAGGGAGAACCAUCUCUCCCCUUGUAGUAGUGAAACUGGAGAAUCACACAAGGGAGGAGAGGCUGACUCACCUCGGGAAUGGAGGGCAGUCACCCCAGCCAAUAGCGACAGGGGAAGUCAUAGCGACAGAGCAUCCCCGGCAACAGAACCCAAGAGAGAGACAGCAGUCAAGUCCCCGCUCGCCUCUACACUGAGGUGCAGUACCGCGAUUAUUACUGGCCAUACUCCUCCAGAGCAGCCCUUUGUCAACCCUCUAAGUGCUCUUCAGUCAGUAAUGAACAUUCAUUUGGGGAAAGCAGCCAAGCCCUCCUUGCCAAACCAAGAUCCCCUGAGCCUGCUCUCCAGGCUCAGCCAGAGCAUGGCUGAGAGGGCUGCUGUGGCCGCCCCUCCAUCACAGAUCAAAAAGCUGGAAAGUGUAGUUGAUAAUAGUUUUUGCCAGUCCAGUGAAGACCAGCCUAUGGACCUCACAAAAGGGAAAAGUGAAAGAGUAGGCUCUGUAGGCUCGGCCCCUCUAACUCCCUCAUCCACAGCCUCCUCCAUCUCUCCUGCCUCUCUUGUUACUCCUGCAAAGCUUACGGUGGUCUCUCCCUACGCAUCCAGCAGCCCUCUACAUGAAAAUGCAUUGUCGGAUAUCUCGGACAUGCUGAGGAACCUGACGCGGUCCCAUCAUGUCCCAAAGCCUUCCUCACGAGCCCGGGUCACAGAAAAAGCUGAGGUUGUGGGAUCUACUCAUGACGACGAUGACUCAUCUCUGCAUGGGCACAAGCGUAAAGGCCGUCACUCCAACUGGAAUCCCCAGCACCUCCUUCUUCUGCAGGCCCAGUUUGCCUCAAGCCUGAGACAGGCAUCAGAGGGAAAGUAUAUAAUCAAUGACCUCAGCCCACAGGAACGAAUGCAUGUAUCCCGUUUCACAGGUCUCUCCAUGACCACCAUCAGCCACUGGCUGGCUAACGUCAAGUACCAGCUAAGGAGAACAGGCAGAACCAAGUUCCUGAAGAACCUGGACUCUGGUCAGCCCAUAUUUUUCUGUAGUGACUGUGCCUCGCAGAUACGAACCCCAGCAGCUUAUGUGUGUCACCUGGAAGCCCACCUAGGCUUCAGAAUCAGAGACCUGGCCAAGCUGUCCCACAAACAGACUGUCAAGGACUCUCACUGUCUGACUGAGAAACUAGUGCCCCUGGAGUCCUUCCUUUCUCCACAAUCACAAGAUGACUGCAGUAGUAGUGGGACAGUGUACCGCUGCCAGCUCUGUGUCCGUAAAUUUGCCACUAAGCACGCCAUCAAGCUCCACCUUAGCAAGAGCCAUGGGAAGUCUCCAGAGGACCAUCUGCUAUAUGUGUGCGAAGUAGAGAAGCACUAACUUACUCUCAGCGGUAGACAUACCGGAGAGCAUGUGAAGAAUUAUUGUUUCCAAAAAAGAAGAAAAAAGAAUAUUUGAAAAGUGUGGUAAUGCACAAAGAUGCCACGAACUACUGUUAAAAAUGUCGGCACAAAGUGUUUACAUCUAUUUGGCCUAUUAACAUUUCAGAUUUCUCUGUUUCAAAAGACAUUUAUUUCACAUCAAAAUAUACUGUAGGUCAAAGAUAUUCAGCCCAAGUUGUAGUCAGCUUUGUUGUCUCCUCACUCUGUGUACACCUCUUGGUAAUGUGAGACAACAGAGGACAGAUUCUAAAUCCUGGUGAAUCUCUUGACUUGAAGGUCAGCGAAUAACUUGAAAUGUACUAACUAUUGUAUUUAUUUCGUAUUUUUGUGAGUUUGCUUUUGAUUUGCUGGUAGACUGCAUGUUCAACAAGUUAUGCUGUUAUGUUUGUACAGUACCUGUCCUGUCCAGAUUUUAAAUGCCCUCUGGUCAUUUUUCAACACGUUAAAACAGCCACAUGUCUGGGAAAGCUCCAUAAAAAGAACCUGCCAAACAGCAAAAGUUCAUUGUUUGUUUUUAAUCAUUUUCUCUGUACAGCCUAUUGAUUUCCUUGCUGAUUGUAAAAGUUGCCUUGUUCUUUUCAUUGAUUAAGGGGCACUUAAAAUCCAGGUCUGUGUAAAAAUGUACAUAAACUGUAUAAGCUUACAACUUGCUGUUUAAAUUAUGCAUACUUGUUAUAUUUCCUAAUUUAAGAGGACUAUGACUAUCCACUGGUGCAGUCUUUGAAGAAGAUUAAAAGGACAUUGUUUUGCACAAUAGUUUUAUAAAUGUUAUUUGAUAAAAAAAAACAACAAUACAAAUAUGUUAAUGCCUUGUGCUUCUAUGAUUAAAUUGAAUUAACUGCUGCGUAAAUCA